GAAUAUGUUCGUAUUCGUUAGUUACCAAAGUAACAAAUUUUCAAACGAUAGUAGACGGCGAAUUUCCCGUUUCCUAAAACCCUCCGCAACCCUAAAACCCUAACUUUUUCACUUUAUAGUGAGAACCCUAGAUUAUUCAACGAAGAUCAGUACAACUUCUGGUUGAUUCAGCCAAGGUGUAGAAAUCUCCAGCUCGAAGAUGGCAGCUAAAUCUUCCAUCAUUCCAAUUUUGAGACAGAUUUCAUCGAAAUAUGUCUCUAGAAAUGUCGUGCCCGCCCGGCUUUUCACGGCAUGUUCCGGGCAACUAAACAGUUAUAAUGGAGGUAAAUGGGUUUCUUCGGCCAAUGUUAUACCAAGACUGUUCGAAGCCUCAAAGUUCCAAUCCAGAAAUGCAUCAAUUGACGGGAGAAGUUCCCCUCGUUCGCGCAAGGUUGUGAGCGAAGAAGAAGAAGAAGAUUAUGAUGACGAAGAAUUUGAUGAAGGAGAUUCGGAUGUUGAUGAAAUUUCGACGGGUUCUGAAGAUGAUUUGGAAGAUAUCGAUGCUUCCGAGUCUGCAGAUUCUGACAGUGAAUGAAGAAUCGGGGAUGAAUAAUGCAGGUGGCUUUUUAAUCUUUAUUAUUGUUAUUUAUGAUAGAGUGUCCGUCUGUUGUCAGAAGUUUGUUCUAGGGUUCAUAGGUUUAGGGUUUAGCACCUUGGAGUUAAUAUGAAUGGUUUAGGGUUAGCGUGUCUGAAUUAAUAUAAAUGUUUUAGGGUUUAGAUUGAAUUGAUACGAAUGUUCUAGCUUUUCUACGGAAAGCUUUGUAGAAUCCUAUGCUUUACGUCAAGUAAUCAAUUGUAAAGGCUGGAUUUGAAACUUUAAAGUUCUGUACUAGCGUUUAAUUUUGACAAAGACAAAAUACCUGGAAGAAUAGAGUAUGUUGAGAUAAAAUAUCUGUUCUCUGCCCUGUUCUCAAUGUUACCGUGAUUCUUAUAUUUAACUUAUCGUGUUAGGUUCUGCCUUUAA